UCAGCUUCUCUGCCGCGCUCCCCACUUGCGGACCCACACUAACGGAGUUAAGGAACAGUUUGAAAUAACGCACAGAAGAGGGAAAAUGCGCGAUUGCCAACAAAAGGAAUAUCUAACCAAGGGUCUCCAAAGCGUGUUACCUGUAGGGCAACUGGUGUGAACAAAACCCAUCAUUGUGCCCUUGAUCAAAGCGCACAACCUCCCAAGGUGCCCAGAUGGGAACUAGUCUCAAAGGCAAAAUCCAAUGCUGUGGAUCUCCAUGAGUAUCCAGAAGGAACUCCCUGCUGCCCCUUCAUGCCUCUUUCCGGUCUCUGACAUCCUCUCUUCACCCUCUCUCUCCCCACCUGACCAUCACACCUCUUCAGUCUUCCCUUAAAUGAUGUCGUCCGCAGUCCGAGCUCUUCUCCUGGUGCUGCUGGGGGCCGGGGUGCUGCUCUCCAGCGGAGACUCUCCCCGCAGGGAAAUUAAGAUAGACGGAGACCUAGUCCUGGGCGGUCUCUUUCCCAUCCACGAAAAGGGUCAGGGCAUGGACGAAUGCGGCCGUAUCAACGAAGACCGUGGUAUCCAACGUCUCGAGGCCAUGCUCUUCGCCAUCGAUCAGAUCAAUAUGGACGUGGGUCUGCUGCCCGGUGUGGUGUUGGGCGUCCAUAUCCUGGACACGUGCUCGCGGGACACGUAUGCUCUGGAACAGGCACUGGAGUUCGUCAGGGCGUCUCUUACAAAAGUGGACGAUACUGAGUUUAUCUGUCCAGAUGGCUCCUACGCAUUUCAGGAAGACAGUCCGCUAGCCAUAACAGGUGUCAUCGGAGGAUCAUAUAGCAGUGUCUCUAUACAGGUCGCCAACCUGCUACGGUUAUUCAUUCCUCAGAUCAGCUACGCUAGCACCAGCGCCAAGCUCAGCGAUAAAUCCCGCUACGACUAUUUUGCACGCACCGUACCUCCCGACUUCUACCAGGCCAAGGCCAUGGCCGAGAUCCUGCGUGCCUUUAACUGGACCUACGUUUCUACUGUUGCCUCCGAGGGCGACUAUGGAGAGACAGGUAUAGAAGCGUUCGAGCAACAAGCCAGGUUGAGAAACAUCUGCAUCGCCACAUCGGAGAAGGUGGGCCGAUCUAGCGCGAAGCGUUCUUCGUAUGAGGCGGUCAUCCGUCAGCUCCUACAAAAACCCACGGCUCGCGUCGCUGUGCUGUUUCUGCGUAGCGACGACGCACGAGAACUUAUAGCGGCUGCUGCCCGUCUAAACGCGUCUUUCCUCUGGGUGGCCAGCGACGGCUGGGGGGCGCAAGAGAGCAUUGUGAAAGGGAACGAGUUCACGGCGGACGGUGCGAUCACUUUGGAGUUGGCCGCUCACCCUAUACCUCAAUUUAACCGUUUUUUCCAGAGCCUAACCCCGUUUAACAACCAUCGCAACCCGUGGUUUAAAGAUUUCUGGGAGCAAAAGUUUCAAUGCUCACUGGGCGGGACUUCCUCGGCAGUGACCGGGACACCAAAGCCACCGUGUGACCCGGAAUUGACAGUGAAUGAUUCAAACUUUGAGCCUGAAUCGAAAAUUAUGUUUGUGGUAAACGCCGUGUACGCCAUGGCGCACGCCUUGCACCGCAUGCAGCGAAGUUUGUGCGUCAACACGACACGGCUAUGUGAUGCCAUGCGCAGUCUUGAUGGCAGAAAGCUCUACCGGGACUACCUGCUUCACGUCAACUUCAGAGCUCCAUUCUCCCCUCCUGGCUUAGAGAACCAAGUCAAAUUUGACGCAUAUGGUGACGGGAUCGGACGCUACAACAUCUUCAACUAUCAGCGUGUAGCAGGUAGCGACAAGUAUACUUAUAUCAAGGUGGGAGAGUGGGCGGAGAGUCUUUCCCUUAACGAGGCCAUGAUUGGCUGGCCGAGGGGAGCAGACGUGCCCACCUCUCAAUGCAGUGACCCUUGCGCCCCCAAUGAGAUGAAAAAGAUGCAAGCGGGGGAAUACUGCUGCUGGAUCUGUACCUCGUGCGAGCCCUACGAAUACCUGCCUGACGAAUUCACCUGCAUGCCCUGUGCACCCGGCCAGUGGCCCAGUCCUGAUCUGACCGGAUGCUAUGACCUGCCGGAGGACUACAUCAUGUGGGAGGACGCUUGGGCCAUCGGGCCCAUCUCCAUCGCAUGCGUGGGCUUCAUCUGCACCUUAAUGGUCUUCGUCGUUUUUAUCCGGCACAACGACACGCCUCUGGUCAAAGCUUCUGGUCGUGAGCUGUGUUAUAUUUUGCUUCUGGGCGUCUUUAUGUCUUACACGAUGACUUUUAUUUUCAUCGCUAAACCGUCGCCUGUCAUUUGCACGCUACGCCGGUUAGGCCUCGGCACCUCGUUCGCCGUGUGCUACUCCGCCCUACUCACGAAGACCAAUCGCAUCGCUCGUAUCUUCAGCGGAGUGAAAGAGGGCGGGGCUCAGCGGCCGCGCUUCAUAAGUCCCAGCUCGCAGGUUUUCAUUUGUUUGUCACUGAUCUCAGUGCAGCUGUUGCUGGUGUCCGUCUGGUUCCUGCUGGAGGUACCCGGCACACGGCGGUUCACUACACCGGAGAAACGCCAGACUGUCAUAUUGAAAUGUAACGUGCGGGACUCUAGCAUGCUGCUGUCGCUGAGCUACGACAUGGUUUUGGUGGUGCUCUGCACAGUCUACGCCUUUAAGACCCGCAAGUGUCCGGAGAACUUCAAUGAAGCGAAGUUCAUCGGCUUCACCAUGUACACUACCUGCAUCAUCUGGCUGGCCUUCCUGCCCAUCUUCUACGUUACCUCCAGCGAUUACAGGGUCCAAACCACGACCAUGUGCAUAUCUGUCAGUCUGAGUGGAUUUGUGGUCCUGGGAUGCAUGUUUGCUCCUAAAGUCCACAUCAUCAUGUUCCAGCCGCAGAAGAACGUCACCAGUCAUCGACUGAACAUGAAUCGCUUUAGCGUGAGCGGGCCCACCACCAGCUAUGCUUCCCAUGCAUCUGUGAGCGCCAACUACGUUCCCACAGUAUGCAACGGCCGAGAGAUCGUCGACUCCACCACUUCCUCUCUGUGACCCCGCCCCCUCCAAAAACUCCUCCUCCAUAGCGACUGUUAGCAAAUCAGCACACAUUGUGCUCCGCCCAAGAACUAGGUCUGCCUACAGUGUGUAGAAAGUGUGUAUUAUGAGUACUAUUAAAUUAUUUUUAGGGCUCGUUGUAAAUAUUAACUGACAUUGUUGUAGAGAAACAAAAGAACAAAAAAAAACCUUUUUAGAGAGAUUUUGGAAACUUUUGUUUGAUAGAUUUAUUAUGUAUGUUGUUAACGGCCAUGACGUGAUGAUGUAAACGUUUUUCAUUGGGCCACAGUAGUGACUGACAGACCGGCUCCGCCUGCAAUACUGGACACAAUUUGUGGUUGUUUUCUUUUGUAGGCCUCAUUGUAAUACCCUAAACUGUAUGUAUUUAUAUGUUGUAUAUAUUUUGUACAGAAUCUAAACCGAUGGUUUUAACAGCACAAGUUGACAGUAUUAGAGUUUUUGCUGAUAGGGUCACGCAGAGGGCGAGCGCUCACGCUUUCAACUUCACGUCGUCUCAUCGUAGGCAUUGGAUGAUAUUGGAGGUUAAGACAUCAUUAAACUUUCAAAACGUGUAAAUGCAUAUUACAUUAACUGCAUCUAAUGAAGCGACAUGUUUAUGGAUGCGAGCAUGUUUAUGUUGAGGCGCAGAUAUGCAUUAAUGUUUACACUACCUGUGAUGACAACCCUUCUGUGAAUGAGAGAAUAAGCGCUGUAGUGAGCUAUUCAUCUUAUCUACAGAUUUGAUAAAGUCAACAUACAGACUUUUGUCAGGUGCACAAUCUGAAACUGUUCUGCACAAGUGAACCUUUGAACAGCAGAACGUGGGCUGGAGAAAGCACCGUUGUUGAAUUUCGCUGCUGUCUUUCUGAAAUCUCCAUAUUUCGUGAUUUUUAAUAUAUCUUUAUAAUUAGUCACCCCUUUGUCUUGCAAAUAUUUCACAAACAAAAAGUGUUUGUUAACUCUGACAACACAAUAUAUAAUCAUUUAAGAAGUUUAGUGUUUUAUUUCCCCGAAAACAGCAAAUUUAGACAUACAAGGUUUCAAAAGGACAGCAACGAUAUGCUGAAUUACACACCAGAACCUGUGAAGUCGUAAAUAGAGUUGUUUGACGUAAGUUUACGAACACACUGCAGAAUCUGAAAUGUUUUUAAAAUGUAAGAAAAGUAAGAGAAAUCUCAAUAUUAUAAAUACUGUUUUUAAAUCACCCAUUCAAAAGUUUACAAACUUUUAAAAGCAUUAUGUUGCCUUCAGUGAAUGUGUGAGUCUCUCAAAUGUCCAACGAGUCCAAAGAUCUCAACAUUCAUACAGUCACUGUUGCAAAAAAGUCAAGAAAGAAGAUGGAAAAACAGGCAUUUUUCUAAAGAACAGUUAACAAAGAGACAACUAUCACAAAACAUUGGAAAAAUCCAUUGUACUUCAGAUAACAUUGCAGAGUAUUUAAAACCAAACAUUAUUACACCAUUAAACUGAGUUUUCUUUGUACAUUUGGUUAUUAUUGGUGUCGUAAACAGUUGUAAACAAAAUUCCUAUUUUUCAUGAAUUAUCGGCAUUUUCAGAUUCUGCAAGAUGUAUUUAAACGUAUAACCUGAACUGUAUAUAAAAAUACAAUUUGUGUUUAUUUACAAAAUGUUCUUAUAUUGUAUUUUCAAAUUACAUUGAAUUCUUAGGAUAUAAAAUAAGUUCUUAAAAACUAAAAGAAAACGUGGUAAACAAAUGUUCUAUAUUGAUGUAAAAUGAAAACAUAUUUACAUGAAAGUCAACACAUUCAGGUCCAAACAAGAGGUUUCCAGAUAUCCGUGAAGACCGUCACCUCCGGCACAAUUUUAGUGAAAUGAGUCACAUUUCUGAUGUGUGGAUUGCUUUGUGAUGCAGUGAAUGUAAAAUGUACUCCGUCGUUUCGAUAUCGGCUCAUUGUGCCUUAUCAUUUGUCCUGUAGUUUUAAUACGAGAGGGUCCUGAGAGCCUUUGAGAGGAAGGGGCCUGAGCCAUUUUUUAAAGAUGUCUUUUUUUACAUUUCAGAAGUUUUAUACAUUUUUGUGUGUUUGUGUUGGAUCGUGUGGACGAAAGGAUGCUCGGUGACGUUUAUGGGGAGCUAUCGUUAAAAGUGUGUUUGUUUUUAGUUUGGGGUCUUUGCGGGGUCCGGGGGGAUUGUGUAGAAUACCACUUAUUGUCUAACUGUAUCAUGGCAUUGUUGCAUUGUAAGAUCAACAAUUCUUGGCGUGUCAUAGAGACAUAGUAAACAAACAUGUAACAGUAACCUAGAAAUGCUAAAACUAUCAACAUUCAUAAUUCAUCCGCUCGGCAGUCACUGGCGUGUCAUUGAACAGCACCGGGAGGUGAAACAAAAGCAAAUAAUGGUGAGGAGGGAAAUAAUAGCCAAUCGAGAGCAGAUUUCGUCUUCCAAUGGGAUCAGGAUGACUUGCUUAAGGCAAAAAAUACAAACGUACACACACACACUUCAUUAGUUCUGGCUAUAAGACACAGUCCUGCUAUUAACACAGAAUCACAUACUGGCAAAACCAUAAAUGGGUUUUAUGGUUUUCAUAAACGUUAUCUCCAAUCAUGCAGAUUACAGAAGAGACUUAAUUUUACUUUGUGGACAAUAAACAGGCAGAAUAGAAACCCAUAAAGGGAUAGUUCACCCUAAAAUUCUGUCGUUAAUCGACCCUUAAGUUGGUUCAAAAUUAGUUUGUUCUGUUGAACACAAAAGAAGAUCUUUUGUAGAAAGUGGGAAACCAAAAAGUUGUGGGCCACCACUGCCUAGGAGUUUAUUCUCUAUUAUGGAAGUCAAUAGUGCCCGAGAUGUGUUUGGUUAUAACAUUCUUCCAAAUAUCUUUGGGUUAAAUUAAAUUUAUACAACUUGAGAUGAACAACUUCAUUUUUGGAUGAACUAUCCCUUUAAAAUAAAGAAGGGACCAGAGCCAUAUUAAGGGACCAGAAUCAUUAGGGACUCUUUACGUCGGCCAGUAAACAACCACCUAACAGUGCCCUAUACUCCAAAAAGAUUUGUAUUGUUUCAAUUCAUGGUUGGAUCAAAUUCUGACAAACCUUUAAAUUUACCUAAAAAAUAAGCAUGUUUUACCAAACCAUGUGUUUUAAACCACCUAGUUUACUUUAAACCCAACGGUUGGGUUGAAACAGCAUUUUGCAUUUUUCUAGAGACAGGUCACCUUAGCAAUCUAUAUCAACACCCCAGCAACCACAAACAAACAACCUUGCAUCUUUUACACAAGACGCACCCCUUGCAUUCGAAACCAAGACUGUAAAUAUGUAUGCGAGUCUGUAUCUGGUUAUGUAAAGCAGUCUCCCGUCCCAUAAAGCAUCCAGCAGAACGCUCAGCAACCCUGCUCUUUUGUUACGAGGCUUACACAACACCCUCCCAAAAUCCGCACGUAAGUUAAGUUGCUAGGGGACCUGGUUCCGGCAUUAGCCUCUUAAGGAAUGUUUUUGAGAGAAGUCAAAAUGUAGCGGUUUCGUCUGAGUGGCUUACAGUCGGUUUAGGGGGGAGUGGAGACUGCAGUCUGCGCAGAAACCAAGAGAGAGAGAGAAUCUCUUAUCCUUUGUAGGACUCACCCACUGCAGCAAUUUCAUUCGAGUCAUAGUGUGGAUAGAGGGCUUUACUGCAAAAUCAGCCGACUGUGUCUGAAGCACACUGUACGGGAACAUUUAAAGCAAAGUUUUAGAGAUUUAGUGGGAUACAUGUUUCAGGCAUAGUCUACGUUCACACCGCAGUUGUCAGGCCUGUUUGGGGAUCCAAACACAGUUUUGAUCUGAAAUGUGGGCGACAACCACAUUCUUUAAAUUAAGUUAUUGCCUAAAAUUUAAGAGCAUGUUUGGUUGAUACAAAUAGAUCUGCAGUCAGAUGGUAAAAAAUAUCGCCGCUGUCCUUCCAAUCUCUAGAUUUUGUGAUUUUUAUUUUUCAACAUAAUUCAGUUAUUAUUGGUCGCCCUUUAUGUUUGUCACGGAGUUUUGCAAAUGUUUAACCAAUAAAAAGUAUUAAAAAGACA